CGCCACGCGCGCCCCGCCCCUCUCUUCAGAGCUACGCGGCGGCUGAGCGGAGGCCUCGUGCCGUAACGGCCAUCGCGGCGGCCGCGGCGGCGUCCCGGUGCCCUCCUCAGUGCAGAAGCUGCUGAAAAAUGGCAGAAGAAGUGGUGGUAGUAGCCAAAUUUGAUUAUGUGGCCCAACAAGAACAAGAGCUGGACAUCAAGAAGAAUGAGAGAUUGUGGCUUCUGGAUGAUUCUAAGUCCUGGUGGCGAGUUCGAAAUUCCAUGAAUAAAACGGGUUUUGUGCCUUCUAACUAUGUGGAAAGGAAAAACAGUGCUCGGAAAGCAUCGAUUGUAAAAAACCUAAAGGAUACGUUAGGCAUUGGAAAAGUGAAAAGAAAACCUAGUGUGCCAGAUUCUGCAUCUCCUGCUGAUGAUAGCUUUGUUGACCCAGGGGAACGUCUGUAUGACCUCAACAUGCCUGCUUAUGUAAAAUUUAACUACAUGGCAGAGAGAGAGGAUGAAUUGUCAUUGAUAAAAGGGACAAAGGUGAUCGUCAUGGAGAAAUGCAGUGAUGGGUGGUGGCGGGGUAGCUACAAUGGACAUGUUGGAUGGUUCCCUUCAAACUAUGUGACUGAGGAAGGCGACAGCCCUUUGGGUGACCAUGUGGGUUCUUUGUCAGAGAAAUUAGCAGCAGUCGUCAGUAACCUAAAUACUGGGCAAGUGUUACAUGUGGUACAGGCUCUUUACCCAUUCAGCUCAUCCAAUGAUGAAGAACUUAAUUUUGAGAAAGGCGAUGUAAUGGAUGUUAUUGAAAAACCUGAAAAUGACCCUGAGUGGUGGAAAUGCAGGAAGAUCAAUGGAAUGGUUGGUCUGGUGCCGAAAAACUAUGUUACCAUUAUGCAGAAUAAUCCAUUAACCUCAGGUUUGGAACCAUCGCCUCCACAGUGUGAUUACAUUAGGCCUUCACUCACUGGAAAGUUUGCUGGCAAUCCAUGGUAUUAUGGGAAAGUCACCAGGCACCAAGCAGAAAUGGCAUUAAAUGAAAGAGGGCAUGAAGGUGAUUUCCUCAUUCGUGAUAGUGAAUCUUCGCCAAAUGAUUUUUCAGUAUCACUAAAAGCACAAGGGAAAAACAAGCAUUUUAAAGUCCAACUAAAAGAGACUGUCUACUGCAUUGGGCAGCGUAAAUUCAGCACCAUGGAAGAACUUGUAGAACAUUACAAAAAGGCACCAAUUUUUACAAGUGAACAAGGAGAAAAAUUGUAUCUUAUCAAGCAUUUAUCAUGAUACUGCUGACCAGAAGUGACUGCUAUACAGUUGUAAUUCGUCAUGUAAUUAAAGACUGAGAAAAUAUCAGUCCAGUCAUGCUUGAUUGGAAAUUGCUGUUUCUAACUCUAUAUGAAAAUUGACUAUAAUACAUAAGUAUUUUUAUUAUAACUCAGUCCAUACAUAUAUACUACAUAUGCCAAACAUCUGCAUAGAGCAAUUCCUUAUCCUUGGUCUUUUGUUUUAUUGUUUUUUUUGCUCUUUUUCUCUUUGCUUCUAAUAUUAAGGUUUUAUAUUUUGAAAAAAUGAUGCAGAUCGAAAGCCUUUAUAUGGAAGAAUUUCUUUAUUGCCUUUCCUUUAUUUCCUUGUAAGGGCACCACCUUAGUUACUUCUGCAAUGGUUCUCUUCAUAUAAAAUUAUUAUAUCAAUUAUAUCAAUAUAUGGCAUAUGCUAAAAUAAAUUUCGUGGAGAGUUGUUAAUCUUUUCUGUGACUAAAUAGCAAUAAUAAAUGGAAAAUUAGAAAUUA